AUAAGCAGACGAGCAUAUUAGUAAUUUUGUGUUAGACAAAUAUCAAAAUCAGUAUAAUGUUAGUUGGGGUUAUUAUUGGGUUGGCUACCUUCUUCCUACAUGUCCAUAGUUCUCCCGGAGUGCAAUUUGUAAUUAAAGCUAUGAAUGAUGAAGUUGGAAAAGAGAAUUUUCUUUUGCAGGAACAGCAAUGGUCUUCGACAAAAAGUAUGCUUCCUGCCGUUAUCAAUACAUGGGCGUUCACCAAUGCUACAAAAAGAGCAUGGGAGGUCCUUUUUGAGAAUGGAGAAUCUGCUCUAGAUGCUAUUGAAAGGGGCUGUACUGUUUGUGAGAAUGAACAAUGUGAUGGCACUGUUGGAUAUGGUGGAAGCCCGGAUGAAAAUGGAGAAACAACCUUAGAUGCCAUGAUAAUGGAUGGGCCAACACAUCGCUGUGGAGCUGUGGCUAGUAUGAAGAAUAUCAAGAGUGCCAUCAGUGUUGCAAGGAAAGUUAUGGAACAUACAGAACACACACUUCUAGUUGGUGAAGGUGCAACUAAGUUUGCUGUAGAUAUGGGCUCCCAUGAAAACUUGACAACUAAUGAAUCAAAUGAAAUUUGGGAUGAGUGGAAGAGUAAACAUUGCCAGCCUAAUUUUUGGAUGAAUGUACUGCCUAUUCCAGAAAGGAACUGUGGGCCAUAUACGCCCUAUGAAGUGCAAAAGGAAACGGAAUUCGGCACAAAAGAUGAAUCUAGAAAAAGCCAUGACACCAUAGGAAUGGUAGCAAUUGAUGUGGAUGGGAAAAUGGCUAGUGGAACAUCCACUAACGGUGCAAGACAUAAAAUCCCAGGACGUGUGGGUGACGCCCCCAUUAUAGGUUCGGGAUCUUACGUGGACCAAGAGAUUGGAGGUGCUGCUGCCACCGGAGAUGGCGAUGUCUUGAUGCGAUUCUUACCAAGCCUUGCUGCUGUUGAACACAUGCGAAGCGGCAUGACUCCGAGCACUGCCGCGGCAUACUCAUUGAAACGAAUAGCACACUAUUACCCUCGAUUUGAAGGAGCUGUUGUUGCAAUGAGAAAAAAUGGAGAAUUUGGUGCCGCUUGCCAUGGUUUCAAAAAUUUCACGUAUGCCGUUUCGAAUCCUGAUUUAGGGAUACCUCGUGUGUUUUUCGUCGAUUGCGUUCUUUCUGAAUAAUAUUCUUUGCUGUUUCCUUAUUGUCGAAAAAAUGUUUUGGGUUACUAUAGAAAAGGACAGCUCUCUGUGAUCGAAUGCCAUAUGUGUAAUCGUUGAUUUCAAGUGAACUAUCGUGCAGUUUGCAAUUACUAUUCCAGGUUCGAAUUAAAUUUCAUUGUCUUCCAGUUCAAAGGCUGUA